CCCCCACACAAACCAGUAUAAAGCUGCAGGUUGGCUGCACAAUGGGCUGUUGGAAAGUUCUCCUGCUCCCCAGGAUCUUCCUCUCACUGUGCAGGUAGAGCGGCUCUUUUCUCUCCUCAGCUUAUGCUCCUCAUCUUAUUCUAUAGAAUUCUCAUGCACACUCACUCUUACAUAGGCUUUUAUUUGUGUUUUUAAUGAAUAACUACUGUAUUUUCUGGCUUAGUAUUUCCUUUCUGUAUUUAGUGCAUCAGGGAGACCAUGGGACCAUCCGGCAUCUGCCUUGUGGCUCUGCUUUCCCUACUGAUCCCGGCUCACUCGGCCCCUGAUCCCACCCUGGACACUCACUGGCAGCUGUGGGUUAAAACUCACCAGAAGAGCUAUAAGGAUUGGGAAGAGGAACGUGCAAGACGAACCAUCUGGGAGGAGACACUGAAAUUUAUCACCGCCCAUAACUUGGAAUAUUCCUUGGGGCUCCACACUUAUGAGGUUGGGAUGAACCAUCUGGGAGAUAUGGUACAACAUCUUGAAUCUGCUCCUCAGGAAGGGAAUGGAAACUACACACAGGGCAGCAGGUUUAUAUGCAACCCACACUUUCCUCAGUGCCCUGCAUGCACAUCUGAUGGAAGCACGCCCAUUGUACCCGCGAUCAAUAUCACUGAGCAGAGCUGCAUCUGUCGCCCAUCCUCUUGCCUGUCCAUGCACCUUAAUACCUAUUCUGCAACACCCAAACUACUGUCUGUUUCACUGUAGUGGCAUCAGUCACCAAUCAAAGUGGCCAUCUGCAUCUCUUACCUUCCUUCCCUAACUCUCAACCAGACUUUGUUUAAACCAGUAUGCCCAUCCCAUUCAUACCUUGCAGCAUCUCCUGCUUACUUGGGAUGAGCCCUACCAAACCCAACCAGUAUCUGAACGUGAGAACCCAAGAAUGCUCAGAGGAAGAUCAAAGGUUCAGACGUAUUUUAUAGAAAACUGAAAGAACAUAGCCUUUUAAUAAAUGUGUUCUGGUACAAGAAAAUAAGGAUAUUAAUUAAAUC